GCUCUGCUCUGUUUAUCUCCUAUAUAAGCGUUGACCGUAUGUCGGCUCGCUGGUUCUGUUUUUCUCGUUUCGAUUCCGAUAAUUCGACGGAUUGUAGCACCGUUUAGUUGGCGAAACCUUUUCUUCUUCGCCAAAAAGGGGGGAAAAAGAAAUCUUGACAGAUGGGGUGUUGUGGCAGCAAGAGUGGAGGUUCGGGCGCCGAUCGAACCGCUCGAUGGAGAUUGACCGGCAUCGUCGCCCUUAGAGACGCUAAAUUGAAGGCUUUACCAAGUGAAGUUCUUGAAGUGGAUACUUUUGUUCGCACGCUUGAUUUAACAAACAACAGAAUAGUUGAGAUACAUCCGGAGAUUAGCAAGUUAAUUAACAUGCAGCGUCUGGUUUUAGCUCGUAAUCUGAUUGAACGCCUUCCAACUACCAUGGGAAAUCUUCGGUCGCUAAAGGUCCUCACACUUGAUGGAAAUCAUAUUACUACUUUGCCUGAUGAAUUGUGUUAUCUUUCAAGGCUGGAGCGGUUAUCUAUCACUGGAAACUCAUUAACAUGUCUCCCUAAAGCUAUAGGGGAUAUGCACAAUUUGCUGCUAUUAAAUGUGUCCAAUAACAAGUUAAAAUCCAUCCCAGAAUCAAUUGGAGGUUGCAUCUCCUUGGAAGAAUUUCAGGCAAAUGACAACUCAAUUGAAGUCCUCCCUCCAUCAAUUUGCAAUCUCGUUCACUUAAAGUCUCUUUUGUUGAACAGUAAUAAUAUACAGCAGCUACCUCAGAAUCUUCUGAGGGACUGCAAAGCUCUACAAAAUAUCUCUCUUCAUGACAAUCCGAUUUCAAUGGAGCAGUUCCAGCAAAUGGAAGGAUUUCAAGAGUUUGAAGCACGAAGAAAAAAGAAAUUUGACAAGCAAAUUGAUUCAAAUGUUAUGUUGAGCUCCACUGGACUGGAUGAGGGUGUUGAUUUGCGAUAGAUCCUCAAAUUUGAUGCUUGCAUUGCUUAUCGAAAUUCUUGGAGGCUUGAGCUUUGAGAAGAAAUGGUCUUUUGCCCCUCUUGUGAAAAAUUCUUUCUUCCUAUUGUUUCUUUGCCAUGCACUGUGCAAUAAAGCAUGUUUAUGAUAUGAUGAACCUUUAUUGUUGAAUGACAUGGGACAUAUAUUAGCCAAUGUUUAUUCCCCAUGUAAUGGGUGGAUUGUACAGGUUUUGGAGUUCAAGUUAUGCCCAAAACAUAGUCUACUGAUCUGUAAACUUUGUUGUCUGUUUAAAGACUUAAAGCUA